AUGGCAACAAGUAGUGAUAUUACUGGCUCGAAAGAAACAAGCGGAUCACUCAUUUCAUGUGACUUUGAAAUCUUUGGUACUGUUCAAGGUGUUUUCUUUCGUAAAUAUACUCAAAAACAAGCAACAAAACUAAAUCUAGUUGGAUGGGUGAAAAAUACGUCAAGUGGUACCGUAAAAGGUCACAUGGAAGGUCGGAAAGAUGAUAUUAAUGCAAUGAAAAACUGGCUUCGAACAACAGGAAGUCCAAAAUCCAAAAUUACUAAAGCUGAUUUUUCAAAUGAAAAACCAAUUACACAAUUAAAUGGAAAAUCAUUUGCUGUUAAUAAAACGGAAGUUAAUCAAAGUAAAGACAAAAAAUUAUUUGGCAGUCAAGUGAAAGUUAUGGUAAUUGGUUUAGUACCAAUAACACCUGAAAUUUUACAUAUUUUUCGUAUUGCACUCGAUAUAAUGAUUAUUGAAGUAUAUGGUCAAACAGUAUCAACUGGGACUGUAACAAGCCCAUAUAUAAUGGAUUUAUCAUUCGGAACGGUUGACUCAUCUUUCAUGUAUGUGCAAAUAAAACUUAUUGAUGUACCUAAUACUAAUAAUCGAAGUAAUAAUAAUCAUUGGAACGUUUGUGUUCGAGAACCAACUAUUUCGGAAAAUUAA